AACUAUUAUGAAUGCUGUUUUAUGGUCUUUAAAAAAAGACUACUUGAAAUAUAGACAAAAAAUGUCAUACUGCAGAACCAAAAUAUUACACAUUUAUCUAAAUCUUGACCAAAAGUCUUGAUCUUAAAAAAAUGCUUUAAGAAAAAGGCUUAAGAGUGUUAAGAACAGAAGUAGAUAAAAACAGGGGGUCCCACUUUAAAUUAGGUGGCCUUAACUACUAUGUACUUGCAUCAACAAUUAAGUACAAUGUACUUAUUGGGUUCAUAUUGAAUUGCAAAACACUUUUGCUGCUAUUGAGGUGGGAUAUGGGUAAGGUUAGGGAAAGCUUUGGUGGUAUGGGUAGGUUUAAGGGUAGGGGUAAGGUGUAAGGGAUGGGUCAACAGUGUAAUUAUAAAUGUAAUUACAGAAAUUAAUUACAGAUGUAAUUAAAUGCAGGUGUUUUUAAAAUAUAAGUACAAUGUAAAAACAAGUAUGUACACAAUAAGUGCAUUGUAUCAAAUUAUUAAUUUAAAUGUAAGUACAUAGUAGUUAAGGCCACUUAAUAUAAAGUGGGACCAAACAGAGUGUUGCAAACAUGUAAUGCUAAUGAAUUUUGCAAUAUUGAUUUGUUAUUGUUGCCCAUUAAAACAGAUUGUAGCUGUAUUGCCUAUGAGGAAACUUGUGUUCAGCAUAAACAUUUUUUUAAACAAUGAUCUCUGACAGCAUCAAUUAUUUUAUAUUAAGUUGAUUUUGUUCUCAGUGGAAUACUUGAUUUGAAGUAUAACGGGAAAAAGCGUUGAUAAUAUCUUAAAGGGUUAGUUCACCCAAAAACGAAGGUCUUGCGGAUGUGGAAGGACAUGAGGGUGAGUAAUAAAUGACAGAAUUUUCAUUUUUGGGUGAACUAACCCAUUAAGGAGAUGCCUACUUUAGGCUUUUAAAGUAUUUUACAUCUCAAUAUCACUUUCAUGUAUUACAUCUCCCUAAAGUGUAUUAUGGAGUGCUGAAAGUGCUAUAGUGCCAUAUUACUCUAUAAGAAUGCUUUCCUGUCCAUUACUCUUUUAUGUUUCACAUUUGUGCAAUCCCAGAAUACUAAAAGCUUCCUCCAGAGCUGUAGUAAACACACUGACUGCAUUUUAAUUUCUUUUCCAAACAGUACAAUGGAUCCCUAAUAAAUGCAGCUAAACAUUGUCUAAAGUGCAUCUCUUCGUCGAUUAUUGUCUUGUAAUAUGUCAAAUUACUUUUGCAUUUCAGUAAGCUUAUUUCUUUUGUUUUAAACUCUUAAUUGUGUAGUGUUUAUCAAGUUAAUGCUAACUCAAUGUGUCUCGAUUUGUUAGGGUCAAAAUGGGGCAGUUAUGCAAGCUUGUACUGUUCAUUUUGGUUCUGAUGGCAGUGCUACACAAUUCAUCAGGAGGAAAAAAAGGGUUUGGGGGCAAGAGUAACCCUUCCAAGAAGCCAUCCGAUAAGCCAUCACAGGGGACCAAGACCCAACCUAACUACCCCAGACAACCCUCCCAUCCUGGUGCUGGAAGUAACCCAGGCUACCCUAACCAACAGUAUCCUGGUAGAGGCGGCUCCAAUCCAGGAGGGUAUCCACACCAGAAUCCUGGAGCAGGUAGCUAUCCAGCAGGUGGCAGCUAUCCUUCGGCUGGUGGCAACCCCAAUCAAUAUCCAGGAAGAGGAGGUGUUAUCCCUGGAGGGUAUCCCAACCAGAAUCCUGGAACAGGGGGUUUCUCUAAUCAGUAUCCAGGUAGAAGUGGGUACAGCCCUGGUGGGUAUCCAGCAGCUGGAUUUUAUCCAGUGAGAACGGCAGGGCAACCUGGAGGAUACCCAGGAGGACAUCCUUCCAUUGGAGGGGGAUAUCCCAACUGGAACCCCAACAAUAAGAUUCUCAGUCCACAUUAUGGAGGCUCGUUUGGAGGUGGUGGGUUUGGCAUGGGUGGUUCCCCUUUCUCCCAAACAGUGAGAGGCAUGGGCUAUGGUCCUUCUGUACAAUCCAAAAGUUUUGCAAAAAAGGCAAUGCUAGCUGCAGGUGUUGGGGCAAUGGCAGGAAUGGCUGUAGGCUAUGGAAUCGGAAACUUUCCACGCCCUAACUUCCAAUUCCGUAGCCCCCAGGAGGAACGCCACUACAACAACUAUAUGUACCAACAUCAGGGCACUCAUUCUAAAGGUGGAAAUAACAAAAGAGGACCCAGCUACACAUCAAAGCUGCCACCCCAGGCUCAGUCAUAUGACCAAUUCAUGAACACAUGCAUGAAGCAAAGUGAUCUUUUAAAAGAGCAAAACAUGAAAGAUUCCGCAGUUCGCAACAACAUUCAAAGAGAUGAGCCACUGACUGAUUAUCUAAGUAUGAAUAAAGACUACUUAGAGAAAGGUGAACUAGAGAAGAAUGACACCACAUCCCCUACAACUGUUAUAGAUUAUCCAAAGGAUGCUGGGAUUCAUAAUGAUGAGGAUGAUGACACAGUGAGUAUGAUAGAGAUCGGGUAUCCAGCACUUAUUGAGCAGAUGAAAACUCGUAAGUGUGUUGAGCAGUACUUGGUUUACUCUGAGAGCUUCCCGGAGAAGCAGAAAGAAAAAAGUUUCGGUAACCAUAAUGGACACCGUGUCUCUGGGGUUCUUCUGUUUCUCACUACUUCCUUUAUGCUUCUUGGAGGAGCUUAGUAGCACUGUAAACAUUGAUUAUAUAUAAAGGAAUGCAGUUGCCCUUCCUUUCCACUCUCCAAAUCUAGGAAUCCAAAGAUGAAGUUAAAUUUUAAAUGUUGUGGAUAAUAUAAUGUUUUGACUGAAAGUUUCUCUUUUCUGCUCAAAAUCUAACAAGACUCCUCUCCCCCCACUGCCUAUUUAAAUUUUUUAUAUUACUAGAAAAAUAUAACGUAUAUUGGUCAUAUUCGUUUUAUGAAUGCAUUUUGUUAUAAAAUAAAUGUAUAAUAUACAAAAACUAUUAUUAUUAUUCCUGGAAAAAUAAAACCCGAAUUUUAAUAAACUGUUAACUGAU